AUGGAGAAGCUGCAGCCUCCCAAAAACUGCCAGUGCAACCUGGAGCAUGCCCUGCAGCAGACCACAGACCAUGGCCAGAAGCAGCUCAGCUAUGCCCUCCAGACCCCUGACCUGCUGUGGGAGGACGAUUCUCCGCACUGGCAGAGGAAAGCCAUGCUGGACCCCACUUCGACUGAGAGCGCGCAGGACGUUUUUCAGAUGGAUCUGUACUUCAGCCAGGAGACCCCACUGGAAAGCAGCCCACGCAGCCAAGAGGAGCACUGGAUGUGGCAGCCUGUGGAGAGCAGCAAGGUGGAGGACUUUUACAAGACAGAUCUGGAGAGGGAAUUUUUCCCAAACUGGACAGAAGUCUCUAAGGUUGAGGAGGUGACACCUGGAGAAAGCCAGCAGGCCAGAAGGGUCUCCUUUAAAAGGGAGACGUGUGAGCCUAAGACUGACAUUGUUUUCCUGAAAGUCCACAAGAGCGCCAGCAGCACUGUCAUGAACAUCCUCUUCCGCUUCGGUGAGACACACAACCUCACCUUUGCCUUCCCCAUCGGGGGUGGCAACCAGCUCUUCUACCCACACCACUUCUUGGCAAGUUUCGUGAAGGGCUUCUCCCCCAGGCGCCCUCAGCGGUUCAACAUCCUUUGCCACCACAUGCGAUUCUUGCAGUCAGAGGUGCAGAAAGUGGUGUCCAGCUCAGCUGUGUACUUCUCCAUCCUGAGGAACCCUGUGCAGCUCAUGGAGUCCUCCUUCAUGUACUACAAGGGCACAUCAGCUUUCUCCCGUGCCCGCAGCCUGGAGGAGUUCCUCAGCCAUCCCUACCACUUCUACAACCCUGCAGACCCCAACAGCCACUAUGCCAAGAACCUCAUGACAUUUGACUUUGGCUUCAACCCUGAUGGAGAGUUCUCAGCCAAGCGGGUGCAACUCAUGCUGAAGGCCAUCGAGGCAUCCUUUGACUUGCUCCUCAUCUCCGAGUACUUCGAUGAGUCCAUGGUGCUGCUGAAGGAGAUGCUGUGCUGGGACCUGGACAGCAUCGUCUCCUUCCCACUAAACAUCAGGGACAGCAGCACCAAGUUCCCCCUCUCGGACACCAUCGUGGAGAAGAUAAAGGACUGGAACAGGCUGGAUUGGGAAAUCUACAUCCACUUCAACAGGACCUUCUGGGAAAGGAUUGACAGAGACAUCGGCAGGGAGCGCAUGCAGCAGGAAGUAAAGGCACUUCGGAAGAGGCGGGCAGAGCUGGCAAGGACCUGCCUGCAAGGGAUGGGCAGCGUGGCCCCGAAGGACAUCAAGGACUCUUCCCUGCAGCCACUGCAGCACGGCAAUGCAAAGAUCUUGGGCUAUAACCUCAAGCAGGGCUUGGAUAAGGAGACAGAGCGAAUGUGCCGGCGGCUGGUGACCCCGGAGCUGCAGUACAGCAGUGCUCUCUACAAGAAACAGUUUGCCCAGAAGCGCCUCCAGAGCCAGCAGCCCGCUCCCUCUCAGCGGGGCAAUGCCCUGCGGCACAGGCUGGAGGGCACCCACAACUGA